AUGGUCCCAGCCUCCGCCCCGAGCCCGCCAUCACCCACCAUCUUGGAGUGAGGAAGAGAAAGGCGGAGCAGGGAGAGCCGGGAAGUAUCUAUGGGGCCGGGGCUCUCGCGAGAGGAGGAGGAGCAAGAGGAGCAGGCGGGGCAAGGGCGGCCAUGGCGCAGCAGAGAGUGCUGCCCCAGAGCAAGGAGACGCUGCUGCAGUCCUACAACAAGCGCCUCAAAGACGAUGUCAAGUCCAUCAUGGACAACUUCACCGAAAUCAUUAAGACGGCCAAGAUUGAGGAUGAAACUCAAGUCUCCCGAGCAACGCAGGGUGAGCAAGAUAACUACGAGAUGCAUGUCAGAGCUGCAAACAUAGUCCGAGCUGGUGAAUCCCUAAUGAAACUGGUGUCUGACCUGAAGCAGUUCUUGAUCCUCAAUGAUUUCCCCUCUGUGAAUGAAGCUAUCAACCAGCGUAACCAGCAGCUGAGAAGCUUGCAAGAGGAGUGUGACAAGAAGCUGAUUGCACUUCGGGAUGAGAUCUCCAUUGACCUCUACGAGCUAGAAGAAGAAUAUUACUCUUCCAGGUACAAAUAGGGCAGUGGACUUCUGCCUUACGACUGCAGCCCUUUUGAGGUGGUUAGUCCAAACAAAUAGUCCUUAGAGUAUAGGUCUUGAGAAUGUUCCCAACAAAUUUUCACUCUGGUCCUUAAUUAGGUCAGAAUCUUUUUCUGCAACCCUUUUCCUUUAGAUAGCUUACAGGGUGUAAAUAUGGUGUAAAUGUCAUGGUGAAGGAGGCAUUCACAGCAUCCAAGUCUAGGUACCUGCUGUAGUUGGCUAGAUUUGACAGGUUAUUUGCUUAGCCUUCCUUUGUAAUCAUUGUAAAAAGAGAUUAAUUUCCUUGGGAGUACAGGCUUCUGCCUGGCACCUGCCUGGCUCUGAAGGAGCCUCUUUCUUUCUCCUAGAGAGACCAGUUUGCUGAGCUGGGUCCUCAUGUUGGAUGAAAUCACCACAUUUUGUGGUGAGUCCUUUCCCAAGUGCCCUGGUUACAGAGUGUGCCUUUUCCCUUGUAGUUCCCCCCCUCAGCUGCCUGGAGGCCUCUUGAGGUGAACAUCUGAAAUGAGCAAAAAAGACUCAAUUUGCUCAAUUUCAUUGCUUUAUGAAGUGUUGUGAUAGGAUUUUUUAUGAAAGACAAUAAUUUGUGAGAUUUUUAAUAUUUUAAAAAGACUUUUAGAAAACAAGCUUUAGAGAAUUCAGACACUUUAUUUUUUUGUUAUUUUCUGUCAUGCACUCCAGCACUUCUAGUUGAUGGUGCAGUAAAUGAAAGCAGGAGAAAACAAAUGAGAACCUGAUUAUUUUGGCUGCACUGUCCAAGCUAAGUGAAGUCAGUACAAUAAUACUGUGACUUCUAAACAAAACCUUAACUUUUGAAAAUCUUAUUUAGAAUUUUAAUGACCAGGUUUUCUAUUUUUGCCUUUCCCUUCUUUCUAAAAAUGCAGAAUGCCUUUAAGCCCAGCUAAGUCAACCAAAUCACUAAUUGCUUGAUCUUUUUGGAAGUUUGGCCAUUUUCUAUGUGUAAUGUAUGUAUUUUAAGAGAAAAAAGAUACUGAUACAACAUAGCUUAGGAACAAUUAUGACAUAGGAAGAGAACCAGAGGUUUAGAGGUGGUAAAGGUUUCUCAGUUUUUUUGGGGGGUGUGUAGAGAUCCCAGAAAUGUCUCAGAAAUGAAGAGUGGUGGUUGCAAACCCAGACACCAGUCCAGGCCCUGCCAGGUGAGGGGCACAUGGAGCAAGCACAACACUGAGCUGUACCUAGAGUGAUGUGGAGUGACAGUGCCUUGUGUUUCUCUCACCCUGUGUCACCAGGGUGCCACCACUGUGUGCCAGUAGCUUUUCUUUCUGGACUAGGGGGUUCUGACUGUGCUGCCAUGGUCUGUUCACCUGCCUGGCACCAGCUGCCACAAAAAGCAACCCUUGAGAACAGAACUAACAUCUUGGUGUCUGCCACACAGAUUUGCCUUCGUGGCCUUGCUUGUAAGAGAGGUGCCAAGGUGAGGAGAGGUGGCAGAGCUGUGGUCCCUCCCCUGCAGACUGUUCCCAUGUAGCACUUGGUCAUUUGCUUUCUGCACUUCUUCACUUCUGUGCUCUCUCCUGCACCAAAGAAAUGGCAUCUGUGUAUAAAUACAGAAGCAGCCAUUUAGUCAAAGUCCUUUUAUAAUUAGAACACUAAGGUGUUUUUAAUGAUUGUCUAAUGUGAGGAAAAAGAGUUGUUGUUCCAUUGUGUAGUCACAGAGUGACAAUCAUGUUUAAAUGACUGUCAAUGCAGCAGCUGGUUUGCUCACAAACAGGCAUCCUGGGCUGUCCUGGCACCCCAGCUGCUGCUUCAGCAUCGGGCUUGAUCCCCUGGGAUUUCUAGAGGUGUGCAGUCCCCUGAGGCCAGGACAGGGGCUCCAUACAGCUUCUCCCCUGUUCUUCAGUUUCCCUGAAGGUCACCUCAUAGUGUCUUCGAGGCUGUCACUUUAGGGAAGGCUGUGGGAAGGGGAGCUCCCUGUGCAGCUGGUGCCUGUGGCAUGGAAUGUCACUGCCCAGGAGCUGUCACUGCUGCUGUGCUGAGGGGGCUGAGGAGGCAGCCCCUUGCCCAUGGUGAGUAACUAACAGGAUAUGUCUCAAGUGCAGGGUCAGGCUUCUUUGCCAGGUGUUUUACGUGUACCUGGGGGUUUUGCUGAGGAGACCUGAAGGCAGUUCCUUGAAGCUAAAGCUGACUGUUCCGAAGGAAUCUUUGCUUUCAGUCCCAGCUGUAGCUCUGUGCACAGACCUGGCUGUGUGAUCCAAGGGGAAGAACAAAGUCCCUUCCCCUCAGCCAAAGCACAGAGUAGCAGACUGGCCUGUGCUGUCAUGGGCUGUGCAGCAGCUGGUUGUUCACCCUGACUUCUGAGGAGUGGUACAUGAGAAGUGAAGCUUAGACUUUUGGAGCAGUUCUCACUGUGGCAGCAGGUGAGGAAGUUAUACAGCUAAAAAUUCUGUAGUAACCCACCUGCCAAGAUGUGUAAGACUGAUAGAAAAGGAAUUCUGGUUCUGUCCUGCCGGGUUCUGCUAACUGAACCCAGUUUCACUGUGAGUUUGGGGGCUGUAGGGAAGGGUGAUCUUCCAAGGGAUUUUACAAAAGCCCCAGAUACAAAGCCUGUAUCCACUGCCUUCUUCUAUGGACAAUACAGCCAGAAAAGAGCUCAAAAGCAGAUGCUUGCAAAUAGUGCUUUGUGUGCUUCUCCCCCAAAGCAGUAACUCCAAGUCCAGCUUGCCUUCUCUCAUCCUAAACCCCAAACUUGCACUUACGUUCCAUUGCUCCUUCCUCUGAGAUCACAGAAGCUCUCCUGAGUGUUGGGUUGGAUCUCAACAUGCUUUCAUGUUUGUGCAAUUGUGAAGUGUCUCAUAUUUCUUCACUUAAAAUAUUUCCCUAAGCAUCUAUUCGAGUCCAUACAUUAAAAAUAUAAAUAAAGCUGCAACAACAAAACCACUUGACCCAUUGGGUUUGUUUUCCUGUGAAUGCAAGCUGCUUUCUGCUUCAGCACUCACUUUGUCUUGGGUGUGUGUUGUGUGUGCAGCUCCUUCUUCUCUUUGGAAUUCCAUUAUUCCAUUCUUCCAUUCUUAGUUGUCUUUUUUUUUUCCUUUUUUUUUGAUUUUGUCCCUUCCACGUUGUGUUUUCCUCAGAGCACAGGGAAGAAUUAGUCACUGGAUUAAAAACAUGACUCCCACAGUGCUGGUUCAUGCAGCUCUGCAGUUGACAGUGAUCACAUCCAGCAUAGCUGCUUGCAGAGGGACAGUUCAGGCUCUGCCGAAGGUGCUGGGAGCUGGCAGUACUUUGUAAUCUGGCUGGGGAGCUUCAGGAACAGAGCCAGACCUUCUGUGGAGUGCUUUGCUGAAAGGGCAGGGGUGCAAAUAGGUUUGUUCUUGAUCAUGACACAGACAGGCCCUAAAACAGUGCUAACUUUUUUUGCUGAGUUUAAAUUAGGAGCAGGGGUGAUUUUUUUUUUUUUUUCCUUGCAUUGAUUGUGAUCAAACUCCAAGUAAAGUAAACAAUGGGUGAGGUCCUUGCCUCACACAGAUCAGUAGAACUCCCCUAUUUGGGGUGCCAGAACUGCAGCCCAGAUCUUUCCAGGGACCCACAGUCUGGAUUAGAACUGAGCCAUGGUUUUGCCCACGAAGUUCAAGUCCAGCCCUUAAUUAAUGGGUGUCAGGAAGGCCAGUGUCACAGGACUUGUGAAUUUAUGAACACAAACCUUACAUCCAUGAACAGGGGCUCUUUUUUGCCAUUUUCUUAACGCUUUGCUUCUGUCUUGCUCCCCCUCCCCCCCUCCCUUCUUUACGGCAUCUGCUGUCUCUCCUUAAUGUGCUUGUUUGUUCUGGAAAGCUACAGUCUGUGUGACAGCAGUGACCUUCCCCUCUGCGAGGCCUACUGGAGACAAGACUUUGCCCCGCUGUCCCCGGAGAGCUUCUCGCUGCCCGUGACGGCGGCCCCGGCAGAGCAGAGCCUGGCGUCCUCCCGGAGCUCCACCCCAUCGCAUCCACACCUCAACGGGCACGGGGCAGGCCCCGCCGAGCACUCCUGAAGAGGAUCCCGGGCUGCCCAACCCCUUCCUGCUGCAAGUCUUCCAUCUGCUGUACCGAGAGAGCCUCUCCCAUGGUCAGGAGAGGGCUCUGGAGCUGCGUUUGCAGGUUGCUGCUCACGGGAGAGCCCCAGGGACACUUCCACUCGGGGACACUGCCCUGGGUGUUCCUCAUCCUUGGGAGAGGAGUGAUGGGUAAAUGCACAGCUGAUUGUUCUGACAAGAUAGAGCUAGGUUUGCUUUAAGUGAUAAGUUACCUGUAGAGUUUGUUAGAAAUCCAGUUUGUUCCCAUGUGAAUGUCAGCCGGGAGGUGCUGGAGUGUUGGGAGAUGAGUUUGUUUGGGUUGAACUUGAGGCAAAAGCACGGGCAGGGAGUGUUUGGUUUUGUGUUUUUUUAUCACUCUGCUUCCCAAGGUUGUGGCUGCUUUAAAGCUCUGGAGGCCUGGCCUCCCCUCUGCAUCACCACAGCAGGAAGCUUGCAGCAUUUUUUACACUGCAGUCUUCACUCUCGAGUGCUCCAGAGACCUAAACUUGUUGCUUGCAGCCGUGUGGGAGGAGGCUCCCGGAGACUCCUCCAGGAGCAGUGUUCCCUCUGCAAGAGGAAGGGGCAGAGGGAGGAUGAGGCAGAGGCCACACAUCCCGAAUCUGAUUCCUGUUUCAGUGUUCACACAGGAACUUGACAAGAACACAGGCUGAGCUAACACCAAGCCUGUGUUUAUGUCAGCCAGCAGUUUUGUCUCCUGUUUUGUCGGUUAUUCCCAUUUUCCUCCCCAAAGCAGCAGCCCGGUGCUCCUUGUGCAGCUGUUGAGCAGCUCAGUGCCAUCUCCUGCCCCUUUCCCAGCAAACAACCCAGGCUGCUGCCACCUCUCCUCUCUGAAGAUGUGAAUUUUGGUCUAUAUAUUAAUUUUCUUCCAUUCCAUUGAUUUUUUAUUUUUUUUUUUUUGUAUUUAGGUGGUUUAAUAAAACUAACUGCUUCCUCGUAACUUUCCAGCCGUGUUGU